AUGGUUGACAUUAUAAAGUUUCAGUCACCUAUCUCAAAUCAUUUUCCUUCAAGCAAUCAAAAUCUUCGAAAUAAAUUAACUUUUCAACAAUUUAAUUUACCAAUUUUUCUUUCAAACCAUUACACCUUUUCUGCAACGGAUCAUAUACAAAAUAUUGAUACAAAACGAUGGAUUGAUCAUUGUCCUCAUAAUUCAUCUCGUUUACUUGAUGCUUCAAAUUUACCAUAUACGGUACAUCGAAAAGUUAUGUAUCAACAAUUAUCUCGACAAUGUACAACAACAGUUCGUGUUAAUGGACCAUUACCAACUAAACAAAAACGCAAUGCAAGUAAAGAUACAACAACAGGAAAUGGAGGAACAAAUGUUACAUCUCAACCAUCAUUUUCUAAUAGUGAUAUACAAAGUUCUCAUGUAUUCAAAACGCUUUCAAAAUAUAUUACAAUUAAACCAGAACCUCUUCGUCCAUCAAAUAGUUUCAUAAGAAGUUCAACAAGUACAUCAACUUCUUGGCAACGAUAUUGGGCAUCAACACAUGCACAAAGACGACGACAAGAAUCCAAUGAUCCUGAUACUGAUACAAAUCAUCCAAAGUGUAAACAAUCAAUUCCUGGUCAAACACAUUUUGUUGUUCUUCGGGAUUCACCAUUUCUUAAUAGUGAACAUCAAACUAGUGAUGAAAUAGCAUCAACUGUACUAAGUAGUUGUAGUCUAACUAAAGUAUCUACAACAGCUACAGUUGAUAAACGAAUAUUCUCAAAAUACGAAGAUGAUAUUAGUGCAUUAACAACACAAGUUUCUUCAAUAGAAUUUGUUGGAUCAUCAUUAAUUCCAUCAUCAGUUGAAAUAAAUUCUUCUAGAAAUCUAUCAAAACCAACAGCAAUUAUUUCAUCAACAUCAACAGAUAAAGAGGAUGAAAAAAAUCUUCGGAAAAUAUCUUUAUCAUCAUCAUCGUCAUCAUCAUCCUCACCAUUACAUUUUAAAAGUGUAAGCCAACUUAUUGAAGAAAUUGCUGAUGCACAAAAACCAAUAGAACCAAUAACAACAAAAGUGUUAAAACUGUCAUUACCAGAAGGAAAAACAAAACUUAAGAAACGUUCAUCAAGAAGACGAAGAUCACGAUCAAAAUCAUCAGAAAAAAGACUAGUACGAACACCAUCAGCAUCAAAACGAAAACGUCAAAUAUUAACUUGUCAAAAUUUAUGCAACAAGUCUAAACCAUCAUCAUUAUCAACAAUAUUGACAACAACAUCAAGGUCAAAAUAUUCAGGAAGAAGAUGGGAUGAACCUUAUAUUGGUCUUCGGUUUGACCCACCGACACCACCAUGUUCACCAUCAUUAUAUAUUUGGCCUCAAGAUAGUGAUGAAGAAGACAAUCACACAUCACUUGAAAAAUCAGAAAUAUUUGAACAUAAUUCAACUGCUAAGGGUUUAAAAAGGUGUGAAUUUUGA